CGUAAAAUCCGGUCCAAAAGAUCUACCUUCCUCAAGAGUAACCUGCACCACCUUUAAUUGCUAAGUAAAAUGGAGGAGUUUGUAUUUUUAUUAUUGCUCUUGCCUGCUAUAUAUAUUUAUUUUGAAGCAGUGACGUGAUCUUAAUGUCGGGGAAUGGCAGUGCCAUCCUCUUCUCCUCCCUAUUGCGCUGUUGCCGCUCGCUCGAAGUCCUCAAAUCCGUGCACGCCACCAUGAUCAAGAGCAACGCCCAUCAAGAUUCUUUCUUCGUCAACCAAUUCGUCAGCCAGUGUUCUCGUAUCCGCCAGGUGGGUUACGCCCUCCAAGUGUCCGCCCAAAUGGCUGAGCCAAACGUAUUCGUCUACAACGCUGUUUUCGGCGGCCUCGUUCAGGAGUUUGCGUCCCGCGAAUGCGUGGAGUUGUACGUUGGCAUGUUGAGAUCCAAUGUGUUGCCUGAUGGGUAUACUUUCUCCUACUUGGUCAAGGCGUGUGCUCAAUUGUCGGCUGUGGAGCUUGGAGCAGCAGUUCAUGCGCAGAUCGAGAAGUUGGGAUUCGGAAGGCAGAUCUUAGUCCGAACUGUGCUGAUGGAUUUCUACUCCAGCAUUGGCUGGAUUGGGGAAGCAAGAAAAUUGUUUGAUGAAAUGUCUGACAGAGAUGUUGUUUCAUGGACGGCAAUGAUUCAUAGCCAUUCUUGCGUUGGGGAUAUGAUCUCAGCUAGGAGGCUCUUUGACGAAAUGCCUGAGAGAUCCGUUGUAUCGUGGAAUACCAUGAUUGCGGGAUAUGGAAGGUCUGGGGAUGUGGAAACUGCCAAUUCGCUAUUCAAUGAAAUGCCUGAGAAGAACUUGGUCUCUUGGACCACAAUGAUCUCUUGUUAUUCCCAGAACAAGCGGUACAAAGAGGCGAUCGAGUGCUUUGAAAGAAUGAAGGCUGCAGGUGUCAGCCCUGAUGAAGUGACUAUGACCACCGCUAUAUCCGCCUGUGCUCAUCUUGGGGCUCUUAAUGUGGGAAGAGAAUUGCAUCUGUAUUCUAUGUCCAACAAGUUGAAUUUCAGUGUUCAUUUGGGCUCUGCAUUAGUUGAUAUGUAUGCAAAGUGCGGGUGUUUAGAGAAAGCACUGAUUACUUUUUACAAGUUGGAAGAGAAGAACACGUUUUGUUGGAAUUGCAUCAUUGAAGGGCUUGCAAUUCAUGGCUAUGGCAGUGAUGCAAUAACUAUGUUCCGCAAGAUGAAUGAGGAAGGCAAAGCAAGGCCAAAUUUUGUCACUUUUGUCAGUGUCCUAAGUGCAUGUAAUCAUUCAGGGAUGAUUGAAGAGGGACGAAGGUUGUUCUCGAGCAUGAUAAAGGACUACUCAAUAUGUCCAGUGAUGGAACACUAUGGCUGCAUGGUGGAUCUUCUUAGUCGCGGUGGCCAUUUGGAAGAAGCAUUGAAUUUGAUGUCGACUAUGCCAAUGAAGCCCAAUGCAGUAAUGUGGCUGGCUUUAUUAUCUGGGUGUAGAAUCCACCGGAACAUGGAGCUCACUGAGAUUUCUGCCGAGAAACUACUUAGCCUAGAACCAAAUAACAGCUCACACUAUAUGCUUCUGAUCAACAUUUACAGUGAAGGCAAAGCGUGGGAGAAAGUUGAGAGGGUGAGGGAAAUGAUGAAGGAGAAGGAAGUGCAGAAGAGGACUCCUGGAUGUAGCUGGAUUGAUAUCAAUGGGGUAGUUCGAGAAUUUGCUGCUGGCCAUAUGUUCCAGCUCUCAUCAGAGAUGUACUUUUUGCUGCUUCGCUUGGAUAGGCAACUGAAACUUGUUGGAUUUUCACCAGAAUAGAUGCAAAGAUGCAUGUUGUGUUUUGAUUCAUCUCCUAGUGGAAAACUAAUUUGCUCGAUUGAGGUUUAUGGGAAAGCAAGCUUGGUAUCCUCAUUUUUGCGUUCUUUAGCAAUGGCUACAAGUAGCUGCAGACUCCAGAUACAUAUGACAUCUUCCAGCUUAAGCAUCGCGAUCUUCCACUAGACUCUAGAUACAAAAUAAGAUUGGGAGGCAUCGCCAUGUUUUCAUGCAAUUCAAUUGAAAGAAGAGCUAAAUUGAUUUGUCAACCCCUUGAUAAAGUUCAAGCUCAUCGGAAGAGGUUUGCUUGUCUAAUUGUAGGUUAUAGAGUACAUGUUGAUAUAUUGAAAAUAAAUGACAAGUUUGUUCAUUAAAGAAGUUCAAUUAUAAUUCAAAAAAAAUAUGUUGCAUGUGAAAAUAUUAAGAAUUAAGUAAACAUUUUAUUAUAAUCUUUUUUGAUAAUAUUAUUACAAAAUUAAAAGUAUGUGAUAUAAAAAUGAUAAAUCCAGCUAUCUUUGGGGUAAUAGGCCCAGUCCCAUGGAAUUUUUCCACCGGCCAUCAAGGUAAUAAAAGUAUGUGACAUAGCACUUAUAAAUGAAAGUGAAUGAUAAAUUUCAUUAAAUCUCAAACAAUUUGCUAUUCUACUUAUUGUAUUAUAGUUCAUAAACAUUCUAUGUAUUUAUAUAAGAAGAAAUAAAAUUGAACAACAUGUGUUAGAUCUUUUAAGCUACAUUUGUUUUCAAAGUUUAUACUGUAUAAAAAGGGCUUUAUCAUGCAAAUAGGCCCGUUGAUAUUGUGAAAUGUUUAAACUAGACCCUCUACAAUGCCUAAAUCUACUUGAAUGAUUGCAAAUGUUAUGUGUGAUUUUCUACCUGUCUUUCCACAUAUAUAUUUUAUAAUUUUCACAAGAGUUAACUGCUGAAUCUAUGAACAUUUUAGCUUCUUAAUAAAGCUGCUACAAAUUUUGAAUAAUUCUUUUUUUUAUAGAGAUUAUUAUAUAUACAUAUUUGUUUGUUAAAGAAUCUAAUUUAUAAGUGAUGAGUUAUGAUAAGUGAAAGUCAAUGAUGAGUUUUUUUGGAAGUCAAAGUUGAUGAUAAACUUAUGAAUAAUGAAAUUAAGUUCAUUAUCCUGAUUUUCGUUUAUUCUCAAUGGAUUCCAUACUUUCUAUUUGCUCAAAGAGUGUCGGUGACCUAAUGAAAAUACCUUAUAUACAUACCCUUUUAUUUAGUCCGUAAACUAUACUCAUACAAGAGCUGCUUAGUUUGGUUUGAAUUUCAAAACACAUACGGACCCACAGUUAAAAAAACAAACUCACCUGCCCAUCUAACCAAGUGCCUAAUACUGCUAACCCUUCCCAAAUAGUACUUGUCAGUGCAAUCAUACCCAAGUGGUUGAGUGUUUUGAUGUGUUUGACAAUGGGUUUAAGUUAUGAUAAGGUUGUGUUUACUGGUGUGUUUGUCAAUAUGUUCCUGUAGGUGCAAUGGAUAUAUGACAACUAGAGAAGCUUAACAGGCAUUGAAAGAAAAGAAAGUCUAACGGGAGUCGACAGAUGGAGAAAGUUUAAGUUCGGAUACUUAGUGAAUGAUUAAGUCCAAUAUAAAUUGGCAGAUGAGAAGUCCCAGAGUUAUGAUUCAUAUUCGACAAAAAAAGACCCAGAGGUAAAUAUUCUUGACAUGUGAGAUGUGAGAGAUUACAAGUGACAUCUAAUUUUUAGUUUUGGUAGUUUUUACUUAGGUAUGUAAUUGACCAAAAAAUAGAUCUUUCAAGAGUUCUCACUUAUGAGUAUUCCUUUACCAAGAGAUCUCACCUCUGUGUUUUCUUAAUCGGCACCUGUCUCUCUUGAACAUCCUACCAACACAUGCUGAUCUUCUCCAUCUACUAAUGUCCAUUGUACUUCUUUAUCUACCAAGGUCCUUUAGAACUUCUCCAUCUACCAAGUAUCCAAUGAACCUUAACCUAUUCCAUUUGGAAUUUUUUCAAUGUUAACAUUGUUGAGUUUUCAUCGCACCUGCAGUUAUCUAUCAACUACACCUAGUUACCUACCAAGGUUUCUCCACUUGAGUUAAGGAUCCUAUCUCUCAUUGAUGAUAAUUAAAUUAUAAUAGAUCACAUACAAAAGAAUUAUCAUAUGGUAUAUAUACUAUAAACUUAAUUCUCUUAAUUUCUUUUUAUUUUCUUUUUUCACUUUGUGUUUCUUCACGGGUCACUGACAACAAGGACUGGAAGAGCUCUCAGCAGAGCACUUUCUCUUCUUUGUUUUCUUUCACGAGCCGCUACUGGAAGAGCUCUCUGCAGAGCACUUUCCUACUACUGGAGAAGCACAAUCAAGGUAGGAAAGAACAAAAAAAAAACCCUAUUAGACAAUAAGAAACCCAAGGAAACAAUAUUGAUGGUGCUCUCAACCCUCUGAGGGACUUGUAUCUAUUGAGCUCCAUAACCAUACAAUUAAUGAUUACCGAUCACUAGAGCCUCAUGAAGGGGAGCCUUGACGCAACGGUAAAAUUGUUAUCAUGUGACCAAAAAGUCACGGGUUCGAAUCCUGGAAACAGCCUCUUGCAAAAAGCAAGGUAAGACUGCGUACAAUGGAUCCUUCCCCGAGACUCCGCAUGGCGGGAGCUUCAUGCAUCAGACUGUCAUUUUUUUUUGUUAAUCACUAGAGACCCGUCACAUGCUCAUCAUCAAUUCAUGGUGGCAAAAAGGCGAAUAUGCUCGUCCCCACCAACCCGUCCCAGGGCUAACACAGAGGAGGUAAAUCACGGGCGACUAUUAGCCUUUGGAAUAGUGACUAGCACAUAAGGGAGGUAUUUAUCUCGGCUUUGCCGAGAUUCGAACCCCAGACCUCAUGGUGGUAACACCUCAUGCGCUAGCCACUAGGUCUCAUAGCUAAAGUUGAGAAAUCCUGAGGUCGAGUGCUCAUCAUCAAUUCAUGGUGGCACGCUCGGCCCCAGCACCCCCGCCAACCCAUCCCAGGGCCAACACGGAGGAAGUAAAUCACGGGCGGCUACUGACCUUUGGAAUAGUGACUAGCACAUAAGGGAGAGACAUUUACCUCGGUUUUGCCGAGAUUCGAACCCCAGACCUCAUGGUGGCAACACCUCAUGCGCUAGCCACUAGACCCAUCCGAGGAGGCGCUCAUCAUCAAUUCAUUGUGGCAAAAAGGCGAAUACGCUCGCCCCCAGCGCCCCCGCCAACCCGUCCCAGGAUCAACACGGAGGAGGUAAAUCAUGGACGGCUACUAGCCUUUGGAACGCUCAUCAUCAAUUCAUGACCAUAUAUAUGGGUGUAGAAACAAUUUCUUAGCAAGGUGAUGGUGAUUUUAAUAUGAUAAGCUGAGCAAUAUAAAGUGCAUGUGUCGAAGCACUAAUCCUUGCUAUAAACUUUUGCAGUUCUGGAGACGAAGUAUUGAUCGAGCAAGUUCCUCCAUCAAGUUUGGCAGAGCCACAUCUAAGUUGAACUCCGCAAUGAUCCUUGUUACAAGUUUUAGCAGUUCUGGAGAAGGUAGUCUUAAUCAAGCAAGUUCCUCCAAUUUGCCAGAACCACACCUAAGUUUAACCUCACAAUGAUCCUUGUUACAAGUUUGAGCAAUUCUUGAGAAGUCUCAAUUGAGCAAGUUCCUCCAUCAAGUUUUCCAGAGCCACGCCUAAGUUUAAUCCCACGGUGAUCGUUGUUACAAGUUUGAGCAGUUCUGGAGAAGGAAGUCUUGAUCAAGCAAGUUCCUCCAUCAAAAUUGCUAGAGCCACUCCUAAGUUUAACCCCACAAUAAUCAUUGUUACAAGUUUGAGCAAUUCUGGAGAAGGAAGCCUUGAUCAGGCAAGUUCGUGCAUCAAGUUUGCUAGAGCCACACCUAAGUUUAACCCCGCAAUGAUCCUUGUUACAAGUUUGAGCAAUACUGGAGAAGGAAGUCUUGAUCGAGCAAGUUAUUCUAUGUAAAUUUCUUCUUUUAAAUCUCUAUUUAGAAAAUGUCUUUACAUCCAUUUAAUGUAUUUUUAGAUUUCAUAGAACAGCAAUAGCAACAACACUCUAAUGAAAAUUAUUCUCAAUAUCGAAGAAUAUAUAUUAAAGUAAUCAAGGCCUUUGCGUUGUCGGUAAUUUUUAAUUAUCAAUCUAACUUUGUACUUAUCAAUCAUGCUAUCUGAUUUUAUUUUCUUCUUGA